UCAAUUGUUUUUUUAGAAACUAGAUUUAUUUUGUUGGGGAUUUUUUAAAUUUUUAAUUUUUAAAUGAGGAUGAGUGUAAAUGUAAUAGACAUGAGGAGGCAAUUUAUAAAUUUGAAAUAAACAAAUAAAUAAAUUAAUUAAAAUAAUGAAAUUGAAAAGAAUGCGCCUACGGAUCUAGCAUUUAUCUGAAUACGCAUUUUUAAAUUUUUACUGAUAGAUAAUUAUGGAGACUAAUGAAAUAAGGGAACUGAAGUUGGUUGAUAGAUUAAGACCGCUGAGCUUGGAAGAUUAUUUUGGACACAAAAAUGUUAUUGGAGAGGAAACUUUGUUGGGUAAAAUGUUGGAUAAAAAAGAAAUUAGUAGUAUGAUUUUAUGGGGACCAACAGGAUGUGGAAAGACUUCUCUUGCUAAUGUUAUUGCAAACAUGAAUAAUUGUAAUAGUAAACAAGCAAACGACAACAAUAAUUGUUUUAUAAAAUUGUCUGCCGCGACAUGCGGUAUCGGUGACAUUCGAACUGCCGUAAAAACAGCAAUUGAUACUAAGAAAAAAUUAACAUCUACUUCAUAUCCGAUAAUUGUAUUUAUGGAUGAAAUUCAUCGGUUCAAUAAAUUGCAGCAGGACAUAUUUUUACCUCACAUCGAAGCCGGUACAUUUAUAUUAAUCGGAGCGACGACUGAAAAUCCAUCAUUUAGUUUGAAUUCAGCGUUAAUAAGUCGCUGUCGGGUAUUUAAAUUCGAUAAAUUAACCUCGAAUGAUAUUAAAAAUAUAUUGAAUCGUGGGCUAUUACUAAUAAACAAUAAAUUGAAAAUAAUUGAUAACAAAUUUAUUGAAGAUAUUGGAAAUAAACCGGGUUGCUGUACUACUGAAUAUACUAUUAAUCAAGAUGCAUUGCAGUGGUUAGCAGAAAUGUCAAAUGGCGACGCAAGAAUAGCUCUUAAUACUCUUGAAUUAAUGACUAAGUCGUCUGAUAAUUUUAAUAAAUUUAAUGAGAUAAAUUUAUCAUUAGAAAAUGUUAAAAUAAAUAUUGAAAGAGCGUAUUCGUUGUCUGCUAAAGAGUGUGAUAUAAAUAAUGAAUUAGUAUCAGCGAUGCACAAGUCAAUUAAAGCUAGCGAUUUAAAUGCAGCUUUGUAUUGGCUCGCUAGAUUAAUGGCCAAUCGUGAAGAUCCCGUUUUCAUUGGAAAAAGAUUAAUACGAAUUGCUAAUGAAGAUGUUGAUAUUUCUGACCCUGAUGCUUUAGAUACUGCAGUCCAUACAAUGCACGCAUGUCAAAUGAUUGGGAUGCCAGAGUGUGACGUAAUGCUGGGCCAAUGUGUUAUUUAUUUAUGCAAAGCCAAGAAAAUUAAAUUUUUUGAUAGAUUUAAAAGCGACCAUCAAUUAGUUACAGAUAAUUUAAAUAAUUAAUAACAAAAAUUGAUAAUUUCUUUCUAAAAGUUUUGAUAUUUUUACUGGGAUUAAUUUGUAUUUAUUAUUUUAUAUAAAAAAAUUAAUAAUAAAAAAAAAA